AUGGGUUGUUGGUUUUCAAAAGAAAAUGUGUCACAACCAUCCGCAGAACUAAACGAUAUUCAUUUACAAAUAACAAAUAAAUCAAAAGACGGUCCAAUUUCUUCCGAAAAUCAGAUUAAUAAAUCACAUGCCAAUGGUGUUGAUAAGAUUCGCCAAAAAAAUCAGUUUGGGUCUGAAAAAGUUUUCGUCGCGAUAUAUGAUUAUGAUGCACGUACAGAUGAAGAUCUAACAUUUCGAGUUCAUGAUUUACUUAUUGUUCUUGAUGACAGCCAGGAUGGUUGGUGGUUAGCUAAACAUUAUACAAAUGGUUUAAAAGGUUACAUUCCAGCCACUUAUGUUGCUGCACAUGGUGGUCUUGCUGUUAAUGAAUGGUUUCAUAAUAAUGUUCUUCGGAAAGAAGCUGAACGUUUACUAUUAAUUCCAUCAAAUCCCCGUGGAACAUUUCUUGUUAGAAAUUCAGAAAAUGCUCCUGGUCCUUAUUCCUUAUCAGUUCGUGAUGUAGAUGAACAACGUGGUCCACAUGUAAAACAUUAUAAAAUUCGUUUUCCUGAUGAAAAAAUCGGUUAUUAUAUUGCUACACGUCGUGCAUUCAAAUCAUUAGAAGAUCUAAUUGAUUAUUAUAGAAAAAAUUCUGACGGUCUAUGUUGUCAAUUAUCACUUCCAUGUCCAAGACCAAAACCAACAACAUCAACAAUAUCAAAAGAUGUUUGGGAAGUACCAAGAAAUUCACUUCAAUUCAUUAAAAAACUUGGUCAAGGAAUGUUUGGUGAAGUAUGGGCUGGUAAAUGGAAUAAUAAAAUUGAUGUUGCCAUAAAAACGAUGAAAGCUGGAACAAUGUCAACACAAGCUUUUGUUGAUGAAGCAAAUAUUAUGAAAAAAUUACGUCAUGAUAAACUUGUACAAUUAUAUGCUGUUUGUACAGAACCAGAAGAUCAACCCAUUUAUAUUGUAACUGAAUUAAUGGGCAAUGGCAGUUUAUUAGAUUUUCUUCGAGAUGGCUCUGGUCGUGAACUUAAAUUACCUGCACUUGUUGAUAUGGCUGCACAGGUCGCUUUUGGUAUGGCUUAUUUGGAACAUGAACAUUAUAUCCAUCGAGAUUUAGCAGCUCGAAAUGUACUUGUUGGAGAAAAUGGCGUUGUUAAAAUUGCUGAUUUUGGUUUGGCUCGUAUUAUUAAUGAAGAUCAAUAUGUUGCUAAAGCUGGCGCGAAAUUUCCAAUAAAAUGGACUGCUCCUGAAGCAGCUAUCUAUGGAAAAUUUACAAUAAAAUCUGAUGUAUGGUCAUACGGUAUAUUACUCUAUGAACUCGUAACACAUGGUCAAGUGCCAUAUCCUGGUAUGGCUAACCGUGAAGUUCUUGAACAAAUUCAACGUGGCUAUAGAAUGCCUCGUCAUGAAAAUUGCCCUGAAAAAAUCUAUGAUUAUAUGUUACGUUGUUGGGAUUCUUCACCUGAUAAUCGUCCAACAUUUGAACAUUUACACUUAUUCUUUGAUGAUUAUACGGCUUCAGCUGGUCCUCAAUAUCAUAGCCAGAAUUAA